GGCGGGGCCUCCCCGCCUUCCUGCCCCGGCCACCGAGGGACCUACAGGACCCCCCACGGCCGAGCCCACAGACACACAGGACCCCCUGUGGCUGAGCCGGAGCCCAGGGACACACGGGACCCCUCACAGCCAAGCCAGAGCCCAGGGACCUGUGGGACCCCCCGUGGCUGAAGAGGAGCCCAGGGACCCCCGGGGCUGCUGUCCUGCAGGCAGCAUGGCGCAGUGGCAGGAGGUGCAGAAUUUGGCCAACGCUUACCUGGAGCAGGUCCACCAGCUGUACGCGGGGUCGGCACUGCCCAUGGCGGUGCGGCAGUGCCUGGCUGCCUGGAUCGAGAGCCAGAACUGGCGCCAGGCGGCCGAGCCGCUCUCCUCCCAUGCGCGGAUGCUCUUCCACUCCUUGCUGGCGCUGCUGGAUGAGCACCUGGGCAGCCUGGGGAUGGGCAAUGAGGACUUCAUGCUGAAGCACAACCUGCGCAAGGCUCGCCGUGACCUUCAGGCUGAGUUCGAGGAGUGUCCGGACAACUUGGCCAACUUGGUGGCCACUUUGCAGGAGGAGCGGCAGAUCCUGCGCCUGGGGCAAGCAGGGGGAGAGGUAGGGCAGCCCCCUGCCCCCUGCCCCACGGGGCCCUGCCAGCCCCUGCCCCACGUGCUGUGUUCCUGCAGGGGGGGGCUGCCCCCGGCCCCCAGCACACCCCCAGAGAGCAACCGGGAGCAGCAGAUCCAGCGGCGCCUGGCCGAGUUCCAUGCAGCCCUGCAGGAGGCUGAACGCGCUUUCCGGCACUUGGAGGACAUGCAGGACGCCUUUGACUUCUGUUUCAAGUUGCACUACCGGCCAGGCGAGGACAGAACCAACGACCCCCAGUACACCCAGCAGAUCCAAGCCCUCCAGGCCAAGCUGCAGAUCCUGGACCGGCAGCGGCGGGAGGUGCUGGCUCAGAUGCAGCAGCUGCUGGGGCGCAGUGAGACGCUUCGGGACUUCUUGCAGCAGGAGCUGGAGGCCUGGCAGGAGCGGCAGCAGCGUGCCUGCCUGGGGGCCCCUGUGGACACCCGCCUGCAACCCCUGGAGACCUGGUUCACGGAGCUGGGCCAGGGGCUCUUCCAGCUGCUGCAGCUGCUGCGGGCGCUGGGGGACCUGCGGCAGAAGGUGAGCUACGAGCGGGACCCGCUGAAGGCAGAGACCCCUCUCCUGGAGCGGCGGCUGCUGGAGCUGCUCACCUACCUGCUGCGGAGAGCCUUCGUGGUGGAGCAGCAGCCCAGCAUGCCCAACGCCUGCAAGCGCCCGCUGGUGCUGCGCACGACCAGCAAGUUCUCAGCCCGUGCUCGCCUGCUCGUCCGCCUCCAUGACCGCAACCACCGCAUGGAGGCCAAGAUCCACAUCGACAGGUCAGGACCCCUGGGGUGGGCCCCCCUGCCUGGCCGUGGGAGUCCCUGCACCCCACUCCCUGCUGACUCCUUGUUAUCUCUUUCAGGGACCCCCCCCAAGAUAAAAGGGUUUCGCAAGUUCAACAUCCUGACGUCGAGCAGCAAAACCCUCCUGGCAGGGGACUGUCCCCAGGAGGGGCUGGUCUGCGACUUCCAGUACCUCACACUGAAGGAGCAGAAGGACAGCAGGUCGGGCAAGGGCAGCAAAGGCGUCGGCGAGGGUCCCCUGGUCGUGACCGAGGAGCUGCACCUCAUCACCUUCACGCUGGCGUACGCCUACUGCGGGCUGCAGCUGGAGCUGGAGACCUCCACGCUGCCCUUCGUCAUCAUCUCCAACAACAACCAGCUCUCCAGCGCCUGGGCCUCCAUCCUCUGGUUCAACAUGCUCAGCUGUGACCCCAAGGAGCAGCAGUUCUUCUCCGCGCCGCCCCCGGCGCCCUGGCCCCGGCUGGCCGAGGUGCUGAGCUGGCAGUUCGAGAGCGUGGCCGAGCGGGGGCUGAGCAAGGACCACCUCCUCAUGCUGGCUGAGAAGCUCUUCGGCUCCAAGGUAUCUCCGGAGAGCACCGUGGCCUGGCCCAAGUUCUCCAAGGAUGGUGCCGCUGGCUUCUCCUUCUGGGCCUGGCUGGACGGGAUCCUGGGGCUGCUCCAGGAGCACCUCAAGCAGCUCUGGAAGGCUGGGCUCAUCCUGGGCUUUGUGAGUCGGAAGCAAGAGAAGAAGCUGCUGAAGGGGAAGCGGACGGGGACGUUCCUGAUCCGCUUCAGCGAGAGCGUCCUGGGGGGGGUCACCUGCACCUGGGUGGAGCACCCCGAGAGUGGACCCCCUGCUUUCCGGGCAGUGGUUCCCUAUACCACGGCUGAGCUGGAAUCCCUGGCGCUGCCCGACAUCAUCCGCGACUACCAGCUGCUGGUGGAGGAGAACAUCCCGGAGAACCCGCUCCAGUUCCUGUACCCCAACAUUCCCCGCGAUGAGGCUUUUGGGCCCUACUACAGCCAGCGGCAGGAGGCAAACCUGAUGGAGCAGAAGAAAUACCUGAACCGGCGCCUCAUCCGUGUGUCCUCCAGGCAGGCAAAUGAGUCGUGGCAGACAGAAGAAGAGUUGGUGGCUACCACGGAAAACCUGGAGAUGCUGCAGCUGCAGCCCAGUGGCCUGGGGACACAGGAGCCUGGUGGCCUGGCAUCACUGCAGCAUGGGAGCUCGGGGACACUGCAGCCCAGGGGCUUGGGGACACUGCAGGUCGCAUCUGGGAACGUGGGGACGCUGCAGCCCUCAGGCCCAGGGACGGUACAGGUGGUGGCCGCAAGCCCAGAGAUGCUGCAGGUCACCUCUGGGAACCUGGGGACACUGCAGCCCUCGAGCCCAGGGACAGUGCAGGUGGUGGCUACAAGCCCAGAGAUGCUGCAGGUCACCUCUGGGAACCUGGGGACGCUGCAGCCCUCAAGCCCAGGGACAGUACAGGUGGUGGCCACAAACCUGGGGAUGCUGCAGGUCACCUCUGGGAACCUGGGGAUGCUGCAAGUGGUGGCUGGGAGCCCGGGGACAAUGCAGCCUGGGGUCUCCGUGAUGCAGCAGCCAGGGUCCCAAGUCUUGGACCCACCACAGCUGCUGCAGGUGGGAUCGGGAGUCUCGGAGCUGCUGCAGCCAGGGAUCAGAGACCUGAAGCCACAGCUGGUGUUGCAGGUGGUCCCUGAGGGCCAGGGGAUGCUGCAGGUGGGACCCGGGGCCAUGGAGCCGCAGCUGGUGUUGCAGCUGGUCUCUGAGGGCCAGGGGCUGCUGCAGGUGGGAUCCGAGAACUUGGGGACAAUGCAGCCUGUGGCUGGGGACACGGGGAUGCUGCAGGUGGGACCAGAGAACUUGGGGACGAUGCAGCCGGUGGCUGGGGACACGGGGAUGCUGCAGGUGGGAUCUGAGAACUUGGGGACGAUGCAGCCAGUGGCUGGGGACACAGGGAUGCUGCAGGUGGGAUCUGAGAACUUGGGGACGAUGCAGCCGGUGGCUGGGGACACGGGGAUGCUGCAGGUGGGAUCUGAGAACUUGGGGACGAUGCAGCCGGUGGCUGGGGACACAGGGAUGCUGCAGGUGGGACCAGAGAACUUGGGGACGAUGCAGCCGGUGGCUGGGGACACGGGGGUGCUGCAACCAGUGCCGGGGGCUGUGGAGCUGCUGCCUGUCCCUGAGGGUCAGGGGACAUUGCUGGUCCCUGAGGAGCAGGGGACACUGCCACCAGAGCUGAGGGACCUGGAGCCGCUGCCCGGGAGCCUGGAUGUGCAGGAGCUCCUGCAGUCCCUGGAGAACGUGCUGCAGCCACACUCGGGGACGCUGGAGACACUGGAGGCGGCAGAGCUGAUGCCCGACAUGCUGGAGGCCAGGGACGGGACGCUGGAGGGGCUGGACCCCGGGCUGGCAGGCAGUGCCGCGCUCCUGAACCCCCGCGACCCAUUCCUGCCGCAGCCUGAGGACACAGCUCUGCCCACCGUCAGCUCCCUCUUCACCACCGACUUCCCCCCACUCCACAUCGACGCCAGUGACUUCCAGUGACUCCCCCCGCCCCCCCUGUAAAUAAACCCCUUCUUGCCCCAGCUACCUGC